AUGUCUUGGACGAUAUUUGAUAAAUCUAUUUAUCUACCUAUCUACCUCGUUCUGUUUCGAUCUAUCUAUCUAUCUAUCUAUCUAUCUAUCUAUCUAUCUAUCUAUCUAUCUAUCUAUCUAUCUCAUUCUUCUCAAAUCUAUCUCAAUCUGUCAUCUAUUUAUAUAUCUAUCUAUAUAUCUCAAUUUGCUCACAUCUUUGUAUCUCAUUUUGUUCACAUCUAUCUAUCUAUCUAUCUAUCUAUCUCAGUCUGUUCAUAUCUAUCUAUCUACCUCUUUCUGUUCAGAUCUCUAUCUAUCUAUCUAUCUAUCUAUCUAUCUAUCUAUCUAUCUAUCUAUCUAUCUAUCUAUCUCAUUCUGCUCACAUCCAGGUAUCUCAUUUUGUUCACAUCGAUCUAUCUAUCUAUCUAUCUAUCUAUCUAUCUAUAUAUAUAUAUAUAUAUAUAUAUAUAUAUAUAUAUAUAUAUAUAUAUAUCGCAUUCUGCUCAAAUCUAUCUAUCUCGUUCUGCUCACAUCUAUUUAUCUCAUUCUGUUCCCAUCUAUCUAACUACCUCAUUCUGUUCACAUCUAUCUAUCUAUCUAUCUAUCUAUCUAUCUAUCUAUCUAUCUAUCACGCUAGAUGUAACCUCAAGUUUUAUGCUAAGAGUUUCUUCUGUCGCACUUCUUGUUUGUGGAACACUCUUCUUUCUCCCUUGUCAACCUUGUCAACUUUGA